AUGACCUACAUGGGUGGCCUGACUUUUGAUCCCGACGAUCCCUCCAACUUCUUGAAGAUACCGAACCUUGUCGCUGCGACGAGGUUUGGAUCUGCAAUGCUCAACCGACUUGGUUUAUACAAUUCCAUGACAAGUGCCCUUCGUAAUCUUGCUCGGACUGGGAGCCCAAUGGACGUCCUGGCCGGGUACUGCCACAUGAUGCGGCAACAUGAUGUCGUCGGAGAGGCUUUUUCAAAGAAGGAGGAACACCACCGAGACAGCAUCCAGUGGACGAUUCUCGAGAACCCUGCCCUGAAGUCAGCAGCUGAAUACAAAGUUACGAAGGUGAUAUCACUGUUGUUAUACAAUAAGAGCUAUGGCUAUGUCGAUCUCCUUAUCACGGACGGUAAGAAGCUCUACACUGUCAUCGAGUUUAAGAACAUCCCAAUCGCUUAUUUGGGACUUAGUGGAGAAGAGAAUCUCGAGAAAGCCCAACAGCUCGAAGCCAUGAAGCUGAUCGAGAUUCUUAAGCCAAGGUUCAAGGGCGAUAAUUACCGAACAGGUACCAUCCGCAGCUGGGUUGAUGGAAGAGGCAGCGGUCGAAAUUCUGGAAGUGUUCGCAGACAGCUUCAGUCUUACAUUACAGGGCCCACCGUGCAAAAGGAGAUUACGAACAAAAACUUCUGUGCUUUCACAGUAGUGAUUAUUGGAUCGUGUCAGAUACUCGUGCGGGAGAUGGAUAGGCAUGGUAAAUGGGUCGACGAAUUUGAUCUUGCGAGAUGGAAUGGGGGAAUACUCAAGAAAUGA